ACCGAGAUGACAGAGUUGCACCAGGCAGCUGCAGCGGGCGACUUUGACCGAGUUGAGGAGAUCCUGAAACAAAAUGAAUGCAAUCCCAACCAGAGAGAUAUCGACUGGAGCUACAAGACUCCUCUUCACUGGGCAGCAGCUAAAGGUCAUACAGAAACAGUGAGGAUCCUCAUUGAACAUGGAGCCAGGCCGUGUCUGAGGACGGAGCAUGGAUGGACCCCUGCCCACUCGGCUGCAGAGUCCGGCCGGCUGGCAGUGCUGCGGCUGCUGCACUCCCUGCAUGCCCCUAUAGACAAGGAGGACUGCUGUGGAGACAAACCAGUGCGGAUAGCUGAAAUAUACGGACACCAGGACUGCGUUCGAUUUCUUAAAAAAGCAGAAAUUGAGUGCCAGGCCUACCGCAAGAUGGCAACCCAGAAAGGGAUUUCACUGGAUGACACGGACGAGGAGUGGGCAGAGCAGGGCAAAGAAAAUGAAGCAAACAGGAUCUCUAGCAACAUUCAGACGUAGGAUGAACUCAUCUUUUCACAAAUAAGAGUUGUCAGUGUUUCAGUGCUUUAUUAGUAAUGGAUAACACACACAGUAUUGCUCAAACCAUAUCUGAACUUUAUAUGUAAUUUAAUUUAUAGCAAUGAAUGAAGAAUACAAGUUGGAAAUGUUUUAGGGAUGCACAUUAAUAUCGGCACGUCAUCGGUAUUGGCUGAUAUCGGCUUUAGAAUUAACUGUCAGAAUCUGCCAACAUGCCUAUUCUUAUUUUGCACAAUGAAUGAAUAUUAUAUACACUGAAGAGCAUGACAUAGGGCUAUCAGAAUAAGAGUAUACAUGCAUAAUAUGAUGUUAAUUCCACUACAGAAGAGACUUGAUCACUAAAAUUAAGUGGGGAAAUAAGUGGAUAUAGACCCUUUUGCUGUUAGUAAAGUAUGACGUUGCGGUGCUUAGCUGGAGGCAAAACAAUUCUCCACAGACAUUAGCCAGUGCUAGCUAGCAAGCUCUAUUGGCUUGUUUUAGACAAUGAAGGAAGAUGAUUCAA